AUAUUACGAUUAGAAAUUAUGCAAUUUCAUCAAAAUCUAGUUAUCUCCCUUUGUCGCUCUUCAGUGUUGGAGUUGAAAAGGGUACAGUGAUGCUCUUCCGUGUGUAGAAGGUCAUGGAAGGUGAGGAUUAUGCAGGAAAGAAAAUGUAGUUUUAUUUGAAAUUAAGUAAUAUAUUGAACAAUGUAGUUAAUAUAUUUCAUAUUAGGAAAUAUUAGAAUCCAUGGAAAGUAGUCUUGUAUGCAGUUUUUCUUCAUUUUUACCUGAUAAAAGCAAGUGUACCACAUCACCUUAUUUCCCAAAUGAAAACAGUUUAGUGUACGUGAAAAACUGUAGGAGAAACAUUAAAAACCACCUCAAAUCAUGUAACAUAGGAGAUAUAGCUUCUGAGGGACAUUUGAUAUGUUACCGUGCUGGUGUUUUUUCGCUAUUUGGGGACUAUACCAUCUGUCCAUUUCAUCGAUACUCCCUUGGGAUACGAUGGAAGAAGAAGUCAUCCUGCUCACACCCGAGUCACAGUACAACGGCAAAGGCAGAGGUUGGGAGGAGCAUAACUUUGUCUAUGUCUCGGCACCUUCAUACAGUAUAUGGAUAUAUUGUCCCUAUUGGCUCAGGCUUGUGCAGUAGAUGUAGAAAAAAUGUAACCCAGGAAAUGAAAUGGUGCGAGUGCUGUAAAGAUGCAUCUUCUGCUCAAAUUUGCAAAAAUACCUCGGAUGACACCCCUGAAGCAACCUUACAGCAGUCCAGGAACCUCCAAACAAGGACAGAGAAUUAUGCUGAACAGUGCCAUUCAGAGACAGAGAAUUCCGCUGAACAGUGCCAUUCAGAGACUUUGUCACAGGUAUUUGCUUUGAUACUUGAUUCCCUAAAAAUUGUAUCCUCCUAGCCGGCACCCAAUAGGGAUCAGUCUGUCUGUCCGUCCAUCCAUCUGUCUUUCUGGUAUCACUUAUCUGGGGCAUAUUUUCUCUUCCCUUGGCCCAAUCUGGCAAAUACUUCACAGACAAAGUGCCUUCUGGUAAAGGUUGACUUGUGUAGUGACCUUGAAUCAAGUUUUUAUAUCAACCUUAAGGGACUAGCAGACCUUUAUUUGUCAAAAUCCUUGUCUUGACUUUGCUCUCUCUCUCUCUUUCUCUCUCUCUCUCUCUCUCUCUCUCUCUCUCUCUCUGACCCAAUGAAUCUCAGACUAGACCAGAAGACUGCCAGUAGGUAUUGGCUGUGAGGUGAGCAUGAAUCAAGUUUAUUCAUUGCCCAUAGAGUACUUGUUUAAUUAAGGGAUGUGCAAUGAUCUUGACCCAAAUUUAGUAGAGGUUAAGGUCAAAGCAGAAUCCCCUGUAACACUUUUGUAAAAACAGGGCAUCUCAAUGAUGUCUAGUGGUGUUUCAUAUGUAAAGUUGUCUUAGAUACUGUCCUGUAAAAAUUGAAGACUGGACAUAUAUAUAUGUAUAUAUAUAUAUAUAUAUAUAAAGAGGAUUUGUAAAUUUUGUGAUUUUUUAAUAUGAUUUAUCCAGUGAGUUGAAAUGGUGUUAAUACUCACUAGACUUGUCAAGCAAAUAAACUAUAUCAAUUUAUGCUAAAUCACACAAUCAUCAUAAUUAUAGAAGCUUUAUUUUUUUCAUAUGGCUUAAAUACACCUCUCGCAACAACUUGCAUAUAGAAUUUUGUUGUUAAAGAUGUGCAUGUGAUGUGAUGAUA